CUUGCCGGUGAGCAUCACGGUGGUCAACUCCAAAGAAUAACUUUGGAGACCUGUUCGGUUGCGCCGAAGAUUAGUGCCACUAUGAGCUUCUUACGCCAGGUGUGGGUGAUUUGGAAUCAGGGUUUAUCCAACUCCCCUAGACUGACUACCAGUGGUCAGUCAACCCGGUGGAAAGCGCCGGUAAGUGCAUAUUAUCUAUAUUUUUACUGCCUUAUUCUGAUUUCUUCCACUUCACAGUUUGCCAUCAACCUUGGAGUGAAGUUCCUCACUCCGGAACAGCUUUGGCUCGACGAAUCGGAUGAUGGACCAUUCUCUUUGCCCGCGUUUGACGCAAACAAGCUAUUUAAUAGCCCAGAUCCCGACCUACCAAUACUUGAGAAACCUUCAAAACCAGAAAUGAUCAUCUUAGUUGGAUAUCCAGCAUGUAUGAAAACCCUGACCAGGAGUCUGGGUCAUAUAGGUCCCGAUGAUCUGGGCACUUGGCAAAAAUGUGUCCAAGCCUCGAAGACUGCUCUCUCCAAAGGCCAGUCGGUCGUUGUUGACAAUACCAAUAUGGAUGCUGAGUCUCGUGGUCGUUAUAUCGAAGUUGCCAAAGAAUUCAAAUGUCCGGUACGGUGUUUCAUAAUGGAAACGACAGUGGAACACGCUAGACACAACGAAAGGGUAAGGGAGCCAGUGCAUUCCUAG